AGCCCUCGGCCGGCGGCCAUGGCGGCGGCGCUCUGGGCGCGGGGGACGACGCGGGGCUUGUUGGCGGCGCUGCGGCACCGGGGCCCGAGGCUCGCGGCCAUGUCAGCGGAUGCUCACCAGUUGACUGCAGAGGAGCGGAAACAGAUUAUACUUGACCUUACAGGAGCAGGAUGGUCAGUAUCCAGUGACAGAGAUGCCAUCUACAAAGAGUUCUCCUUCAAAAAUUUUAAUCAGGCAUUUGGCUUUAUGUCCCGAGUUGCCCUACAAGCAGAGAAGAUGAAUCAUCACCCAGAAUGGUUCAAUGUGUACAACAAGGUCCAGAUAACUCUUACCUCGCAUGACUAUGGUGGAUUGACCAAAAAAGAUGUGAAGUUGGCCAAGUUUAUUGAAAAAGCAGCUGCUUCUGUGUGAUUCUCCCCAAAUGCAUGUAAAAUCUUACACACAUCUUAGCUGCAGUGUAUUGUGAAGGCAAUUUGCUUAAACAAAUUAAGUUGUAAAUUUAGUUCACCUUUAUAUGUUACAUUUUGUAAAAUCAGUGCUUAAAUACAAAAUGAUUUAAAUGUGA